AAAUCUGGUCCUGAGUUAUUUAGUGAUUAGAAGUUAAUCAACUUUGAUCCCAUUUCAAUUCUGACCUGAGAAAUCUCUGGUCCUCUUACAUUCUGCACCAAAGUUGGUUGGAGACUAAUACUACAGCUCCAGGAUGGACAGAAGACAGUGUGUCAAUCUCUCCGUCCAGCCGUCCAGGGGACUUCAUGAUGAGAAAUUUGUGGUUCUGGUCCAGAGCUGCCUUCCUGGCUGUCAGCUCACCCUCCACGCUCUUCACCACUGUGAGGAUGGGAACAGCUGGGAAGCUUUUGGACACUACACGUCUGAUGCCUCUGGAGCUGUCGAUGCUACAGAGGAUCCGUGUGUGGGUGGGACAUAUUCUGGCGUUGAAGCGAUGGGUUUGCUGUGGAGCAUGAGGCCAGUUCCAGGGAGCAAACCUGGACUCAGAUUGAGAAGAAAAGAUGUCCAGAAACCAAUGGAGGUUACCAUUUCAGUGUAUCUGGGUCAUCAAACUGAGGGCUUUGAGGAGAAGGUGAGGCUUGCCAAUGUGUUGGUGGAGCGAUGGUUCAUGGCACCUGGAGUCCGCAGGAUCCCCAUCUCAGAGGCAGACCUCACUGCCAUGCUUUUUCUGCCUCCAGGGCCUGGGCCCUUUCCUGCAGUCAUUGACCUGUGGGGGGGUCGCGGCCAGUUGAUGGAGUAUCGGUCAGCGCUGUUGGCCUCUAACGGUUUUGCCUCUCUCGCCCUUGACUACUUGACUCCCAAAAUCACCUUGGAAACUGGCAAGAUGGUCGGCACAGAUUACUUCGAGAACGCCUUCCAAUUCCUGCAGAAGCAUCCUGAGGUGCUCGGUUGCAAGAUCGGCAUGAUCGGACUUUCUUUCGGCACCAGUAUGGCACUUAAGUUGACAGCUUACUCCAAAGUCAUAAAGCCUGUCUGCCUGGUUUGCAUCAGUGGCAGCCAUGUUCAGCAGGUAGAAGGAUCAGUCGAGGAAUCCUUUAAAUAUUAUGAGAAGAACAAAGUAAAGGCCCGUGUCAACGAGUCAAACGAAGUGAUCUGGAGAGACUUGCUGCUGCCGAUUCCUUCUGACCCGGCGUUUAAAGUGGAUAUGGGAAGAAUCCAGUGUCCCUUGAUGUUGGUGGUUGGAGAGGACGAUCAGAACUGGCCAGCAGCUGAGUCGGCACAAGAUAUGAAGGAAAUGAUGGAGCGAGCCAGGAACAGCCAUUUGCUGAGCAUUCACUCGUAUCCAAACACGGGUCACCUGAUUGAACCUCCCUACUUCCCUCACAACAGAGUCAGCGCCUUUAAACAAACGCCAACACUGAAGGUGAUGGUUCUUUGGGGCGGAGAGACUGUCUCUCAUUGUCAUGCCCAGGAAGACGCCUGGAAGAAGAUGCUUGCCUUCUUACAAACACAUCUCUAUGGCAACGUCUCAUCAUGCAACCAGUGAGAACAACGAUACCCAAGAAACAGAAGGAGGGAAACAUUCCCAAUCACCUGACCUUGAUCUCGUGAUUUUUUGAUGAUAUUUUUCUAUAUGUUUUUAAGCAGAAUGACAUUUUAAAAGGGAAGAUUUUUACAUUUUUAUUUUUUAGGGAAGGAUUCAGUUCAUUUUGGAUAAACAGAUCACAAUGUAUUUUUUUUUUUUUCAAGACAAGGCUACGGUGACCAGAUGUGACCAAAAAGUUGUGACCAGAAUCUUGCCCUAACAACGGAACUCUUGCAGGGAGUGCAGUGUUGCAGAGGGCGCGAAGUGCUGUCUGUUAGAAGGCCUUGACUUUGCUUCUAAUUUAGGACAAUGCUGUCUUUGUGUUGUUGUUGAAUUAACUUGCCCUGUUGUAAUCCAUGACACAAGCACCAUUCAAGAACCCUGCUUUCUUAGACAGGGAUUGGCAUGGCCUGCUGCCCCGGCAGAAGGUGUAUGAACAUGUGCCAUUACAUUGCACUUUUUUUCUAUAGAGUUUUGUGCUAAGAAAUCAAGAUAUAAAAAUUGAAAGUUAUGUGCCUGCAAUUUGAAAUGGACAUUUUAUCAAUGUGAUGUUGAUCACUUUAUAAAAUAAAGUACGACAUUUCAUGCAAAAGGUGGUAUUUGAAGUACAGAAGUGAGAGCGAUGACUGUAGCCGGAAGGCGUUCAGUACUAGUGGACUAUCGUGGUUUCAUAGAUUUGCAGACACUAAAGUAGAGUUUGUGAGCGAAACUCAAAG